ACAACAAAACAGACAUUUCACCUUUUUGAAAGGCCUCUAAUUAAACUAACCAAACCAACCCCCUUUGGUUGCUCUUUAAGAAAGUGAACAUUUCUCUUCUUGCAAGAGUGAUCUUGCUGUCUAAGAGGUGCAGCUAUAGCCAUGAUGGCUUCUUCCCUUUGAGAGAUUUCACCACACAAAAAUUAGUGAAGAGAGACUUGUUAGAGAUUAUCAUCAUAGUAAAUUUCCCAGAUAGCAAAAUUAAUGGAGGUUCAAUCUCCUGCAGCAAAACGUCACUAUGACAUCACCAUGUCAAGAAGAACAAGGAAACAACAACAACAACAACAACAACAAUUUCCAGUGCAAGGCAAUGAGAAAACCAAAUCAGAAAUGGAUGAUGAAGCAACAACACCAAAGGAUGUUCAUGUUCAUGUCACAGUGGAAACAAAAUCUUCUCAAACUAAUGUUUCUAUUGCUGAUGAGGUGAAAGAGGGUGGUGGUGAGAGUGACCACAAAAGCUUGAAGCAACUCAUCAUAGGAGAUGAUGAUCACAAAGAAGCAAAGAAAAAGGGUAACAAUAAUAACAAUAAUAAUGAUAAUAAUAGUGAUGAUCAUGAGAGAGGUGGCAAAGGAGGAUCAAGGAACUCACUUGGUGAACAUUUCACUGAGGAAGAGAAGCAGCAUAAUCUUCAGCUGGUUAGGAUGCAACAGAAUAAAGACAACCUCCAAGGCUUGAAGUUCAAGAAGUUGGUGCGUCGCUACGCCAAAGUUUUGGGGCAUUUGAUGAAGGCUAAGCGUGAUCCUCAUCUAGGAGGUGAUGCUGGGAAAAAACCUGUUUUCAAGUUAUCAACUUAGCCAGGGAAAAUUUUUGGAGUUUUACUAGCUGGUUAUUAAUUUGGUUGGUUGAUCUAUAAUUUCUAUGUACUAUUAUUAUGUGCUUAUGUUUUGGCCAACAAAAUACCUUAGCUUUUAUUUCUCGAUCGAUCUCAUGUUAUUCUUAUCAUUUGUGUAUCCCUUAUUCAUGCAUAUGGCUUAUUAUAUUUUAUAUAUGAUCAAUUGUAUCAUUCAAAUAUAUGUUUUUAAUAUGAUAGUUUUUCUAAUACUAGUAUUUUCAUUGUCAAC